GUUGAUUCGUUCUUUGUCAGGUGACGUACGCUUAAGACAGCCGCAGUGCAAUGUGGGUGGAUUGGCCAUUUUGGAUGGUCGCUCGUUGUAAACAAGUCUUCUGCGUGCGGCAUUAGCUGCGAUAAAAUGGGACACUGGUGCUGUGUGGUAGGCUGCCACGCCAAGUCGCACGGAAGAGACGGCAGGAAGGUGGACUACAGUGUGCGCUUUUUCCGGUUUCCCACCUGGAAGAGAGGUUACGGAGCGCAGAUCGAAGAAAUCACGAAGAGGCGGCGCGAGGCCUGGGUGGCAGCGGUGAGGCGGAAGGACCUCACUUUCUACUCCAUAUCUCCCUUCAUGCGAGUUUGCUCUCGGCAUUUUCAUAAAGGUCAACCAGCAUAUGAAAUGAUGGAGACUGACCCGGACUGGGCGCCGUCCCUACAUAUGGGACACUCGUUUGUCACACUGACAAACACUGCACGCUCUGAAAGACCAAUUAUUAAACAGGAGCAGCUACAGGAAGAGACACCGGAGAUGGGGGUCCACCAGGAUGCAGACAUUGGAGAGGUGCAGAUCAAGAAGGAGGAGCCUGAUGAAGAGCAACGGAGUGAGGAGGGGAUGCUUGCUGCUGGAGACGAAGGCGAUCGGCUGAAGACUGAAGAUGAAACACAUGAGGCUGGAGACGAAGGCGAUUGGCUGAAGACUGAAGAUGAAACACAUGAGGCUGGAGACGAAGGCGAUUGGCUGAAGACUGAAGAUGAAACACAUGAGGCUGGAGACGAAGGCGAUCGGCUGAAGACUGAAGAUGAGACCCACAACAUAGGUCAGGAUGUCACACGGACUGAGUGUGACCUGUGUGUGUUCAGGCGUGCCGAGGUAAACCGCCUGCUGGAAGAAAACCGAAAGCUGCGGCGUGAGCUUGACCAGUGCAGGAUGUCUGAUGGUUUCUUUGGAGAGGAUGAUGAAAAAGUAAAGUACUAUACCGGCCUGCCAAACUUGGGAACCUUUAUGUCAUUAUUCCACUUUUUGACGCCUCUCAUGUCCGAUCAAAAGAAAAUCCUCACUCCCUGUCAGAUGCUUCUGUUAACCCUCAUACGCCUCCGAUUGGAUCUACCUGUGCAGCACCUGGCUCAUCUGUUUCGCGUUUCCCCAAAGACGGUGUACAGAACAUUUAACGACAUGGUGUCUUUUCUUUAUACAAACUUGAGCCAUGCCAUUAUGGGGCCAGACAGAGACACUCUGCUCAAAGCGAUGUCUCAGCAGUUCGUGGACGCCUUUGGACAGAAAGUGACAGUAAUUAUUGACUGUUUUGAAAUUUCCACUGAGAAACCUUCCGAUCUGGAAACACGUGCCCAGAUGUUCUCCAGCUGCAAGCACAGCCACACGAUGAAGUACUUAAUCGGCAUCACGCCCAGGGGAGCCAUUUCUUUCUUAUCUAAAGGCUGGGGAGGCCGCACAAGCGACAAACACGUCCUCCUGAACAGUGAUCUCCUGGACUGUUUGCUACCUGGAGACAUCGUCCUGGCUGACAGAGGCUUUGGCAUCCAGGAGCGUGCGGGCAUGUUGUGUGCAGAGGUCAAACUCCCAGAACUCACUGGAGGCCGCUGUCAGUUAGCAGCUGGAAGUGUGGAGGAAACCAGAGAAAUGGCUCACUUGAGGAGCCAUGUUAAAAUGGUGAUGGGAAAUGUUUGCCAGAAGUAUAGAAUGCUGACGGGAACCAUCCCCGUCAGCAUGAUCCUCCCAUGUGAAGGUGAAGAAGCCACAAUGCUGGAUAAGGUUGUCUCUGUGUGCUGUGUCCUGACAAACCACUGCCCAGCCACAGUUUAGAAACAUGGAUGGUGGACAAAUAUAUGAUGAUGAAGUGUGUGUGUAUAUAUGUAUAAUAUAUAUAUAUAUGUAUAUACGGUAGUUAAGACACUUGGAAGUUUUUUCUUUGUACUAUUUGUGGAAGCAAAGUUUUAUGUUUUUGCACAUGAUUUAAACCUGAAUUAAAAAAGUUAUUCAGCGACAUUUCUGAAAUCUUCUUGACUGUUUUCCUCUCUUGAGCACAUCAGUGACUACUGUUAGUUUUGAUAAUGAACAUUACAUUACUAAUUACACUUCAAAAAUCUUGUGUAGAUAAACAGUGAGUAGGAAAUAAGUUUACUAACAAAACAAGAAGCUUGACAGUUUUACUUUUUUAGCGAUUUAAUGUUUUCUUCAUCCAUAUUUGUAAGCACUCAUGCCGUAAACCUGGUAAUUUGUUAUAUACUCUGAUGAAAUUAGUAAAACUCACUGUGCUUCUGUCUAGCUACUCUGUUUUGUCCGUGUCUGCAAUACAACCAAAAUGGCGCCCAGAGGGCGUGGCUGACAGAGACCGGUCUGUCAAUCGUGCAGGUGUAGACUUGCGCAUUCUAUCAGUCUUGUAUAUUUACUUGGUUUUUCACAGAUGGGACACGCCUUGACCCGAGCACUGAAAUCAGGCUGUGGCUGCUGGGAGCAGUGUAGCA